AUGUCUGGUAGUGAGGCCCUUCGGGCAUUGAGAUUGCUGUCACGCAGCUCAAGUGGUCUACUGUCCGGAUCGGAGAACAUGACGAGACGAUGCAUCGCUCGAUCAAUGGCUACAGAGGCUCAAAUAAAUGCCUCCACAACUUCCGACCUUACUAAAGCUGCGUCUCCCGCACCGUGGGAUCAGCCCGUCUCCGUCAUGACCUACAGAUUCCCGUCAAUGGAACCCGCUCGAUUGGUGGAAUACUCGCAAAAGGAACUCCUGAUGCCUCUCCGGAGAGAUCUAUUGCACCGCGCAGUCAUUUACGAGGGUGAUAACACUCGACAAGGUACCGCCAGCACGAAGUGGAGGGACGACGUACACGGUAGCCACCGGAAGAUCCUCCCCCAGAAGGGAUCUGGACGAGCUCGCGCUGGCGACAAACAAUCGCCAAUUCGCAAUGGUGGUGGUGUUGCCCAUGGACCUCAUCCUCGUGACUUCUCCACCGACCUGCCAGCCAAGGUCUACGACCAGGCCUGGCGUACUGCGCUCAGCUACCGGUUCUCGCGCGGAGAGCUGAUUGUCAUUGAUAACAAGAUCUCUUGCCCGUACAAUACCACACCAUUUUACCUGCAAAACUUUAUGGCUGGGAACGGAUGGGCCACGAAGAAUGGUCGGUCCACUUUCAUUACCGAAGAGGUGGAUGAAACGCUGUUUGAACAGAUGUCCAAUCUGGACCAGUUCGCGACUAUCAUGGACCGGGAGGAUGUGGAUGUGAAGAAUUUGUUGUCGACAGCGCGAUUGAUCAUUGAGAAGAGAGCGCUGGACCGAAUGCUGAAGUAUCAUUCUCGGGAUUUGACCCAGAAGCCAGCCAAAGCGGUAUACAUCAAUUGA